GGACUUCGUGAUCUUAGGCUAUCACAAUGCCUCCCCCUUCCUCGCAAAGAGCGGAUGUUGAGCCGCCAGAAGAGAUCACGUCUGAGGCCGUUCGUGGGUUCUUAGCGGGUGCUUUUCGGUUCGGUUCGGUUUCUAUUCUCGCACAUAUGAUCAUGAUUCUCCCUCAUCCUUUCAAAUUCUCGCCCAACACAUCAGGCCCUCCGCAGCAUAUGCAGGAACACGGCCAGCGGCCGCCAGGCCCAUCACCCUUUUCCAAGGAUUACAUUCGGUCGAGGCUGUUCUACCGCCCACUGGAGGGUUUCUCAGAGUGGCUCUCCCCCACAUCUAAGAUCUACAGGGGGUUGACACUGCAAUUCAAGGUCUUUCUUCAGAUCGCAGCCAUGACUCUAGGUGGAUGUAUUUGGGCUGAACACAGGGUCAAUGCCUAUAUAAACAACAUCCGAAAAGUGAAGCGCGCGGAGCGCUUGCAGGCGCAACGAGAGGCUCGGUUUCAGGAAUAAACUUGGCUUGUUGUUUUAAAGCAAAAGCCAUACUGAAACUACGGUCAUAAUCUUCAGGUGUGCAGAGCUUUGCUAGGCUUGUUUCAUGUUUGCUGGAUCGAGAACAUGAGACUCCUUGGCAGCAUAGUGGAUCUCUCGCGUCUGCGACUGUACAAUAUCCUUUUUAAUACUUCGUAUAGAAGUACGCUUAUAUUUACUGCGCAUAGCU